UCAGUCUGUCAGUCUGUCAUUCUGCUGCUGCUGCUGCUUGACAGUGAGACAUACGUGAUUCACUCUGAGCCUCAACAACAUGUCGAAAAUGUUGUCCUGCGUUCGCGGCCGCUGUGCACUUUCACCACGACUCUCCUGCUGUCGCCUCACUUCGGCCAAAUUCCACUUGGCAGUCGGUGCAUCAUGUCAGAAAUCAUCCUUCAAAUACUCUACCACAGAAAUCCCAGCGAUGCCUCCAUGCAAUUUCAAACCAGAGGAAUACAAGGGAAUGUCCAAAGAGCGGAUGAUGGAGAUUCGCAGACGAAACUGUAACCCCAUGACCAUGAAGGUGACUUCCUAUAAGAACCCGCUGUUUGUCCACCAAGGCCACAUGCAGUGGAUGUGGGACGUGGAUGGGAAGAGAUAUCUGGAUUUGUUUGCCGGUGUGGCAACUGUCAGUGUGGGCCACUGCCACCCGAAAGUAACAGCAGCUGCAGAGCAGCAGCUGAACAGACUGUGGCAUGCAACCAACCUCUACGUCUAUCCUUCUCUCCACGAGUACUGUGAGAAACUAGCUUCCUACCUCCCAGAUCCUCUAAAGGUGAUAUAUCUGACCAACAGUGGCUCAGAAGCCAAUGACCUGGCUAUGCUGAUGGCUCGACUUUACACGGGCAACUAUGACGUCAUCACUUUCAGAGGCUCAUACCACGGAGGCAGCCCACAGGCAAUGGGUCUCACUUCCAACGCUGCGUAUAAAUAUCCUGGUGCCACUGCAUCAGGCUGCACAAAUACCAUGUGUCCUGAUGUGUUCAGAGGUCUUUGGGGAGGAAGCCACUGCAGGGACUCCCCUGUUCAGACCAUCAGAGACUGUAGCUGUGCCCAAGGUCACUGCAUGGCAAAUGAACAAUACAUUGGUCAACUCAAAGAGACGUUUGCUACUAGUGUCUCAAGUCGAAUUGCUGCGUUCUUUGCGGAACCCAUUCAGGGAGUCGGUGGAUCAGUGCAGUACCCGAAAAACUACCUCAGGGAGGCUUAUAAACUCGUGAGAGAGAGGGGAGGGGUCUGCAUUGCUGACGAGGUGCAGACGGGAUUUGGGCGAACAGGAAGCCACUUCUGGGGUUUCCAAGGACACGAUGUCAUUCCUGAUAUGGUUACAAUGGCCAAAGGCAUUGGCAAUGGCUUCCCGAUGGGAGCUGUUGUUACAACACCAGAAAUUGCAGCGUCAUUUGGCAAGGGACUUCACUUCAACACGUUUGGUGGGAACCCGGUAGCUUGUGCCGUUGCUUCAUCAGUGCUUGAUACUAUCAAAGAGGAAGGCAUGCAGCAGAACAGUCUUGUUGUGGGCACCCAUCUGAUGACAGAGUUGGCAAAACUCAGAGAGACGUACGAGAUUAUCGGCGAUGUCCGUGGGAAAGGGCUGCAAAUUGGGGUUGAAAUGGUGAAAGACAAGGCCAGCAGGGACCCACUCUCUCCUGAGGCAAUGAAUGAGAUCUUUGAGGACGUUAAGGACAUGGGAGUCGUGAUAGGGAAAGGAGGGCUCUAUGGACAGACGUUCCGCAUUAAACCCCCAAUGUGCAUCACAAUGGAAGAUGCAGAUUUUUUCCUGGCGGUAUUUAACAAGUGCAUCCACAGCUACAUGGAAAGAAGAUGAGAGUCAUUAUUACUCUCCGUCGACGACCACCGCCGCCAUUACCUUUGCAGCCAUACUUGGAUGUAACAAUGUUUGUGAUAUAAGAUGUGAAUAUGACUAUGACCUCUACGUGUCCUCUCUAGGUUUUUUCUGUGUGGUAUUUAAACUGGGCCAACUUGUCUUUGUUUUAAUUCUCAUAAAAGAAAACAAAUUUUUUUUUAUUAGUGAUAAAGCUGUGAUGAUAUAUUUUGUACAAGAUGAGAACCUGAUUUUAUAGAAAUAAUGUUUUCAUUUCUAUUAUUAGAUCCAUUAGUUCUUUUCUGAUACGGUGACAGGUGUUAGAGAUAGUGAAAUCCCUCAACUAUUGGAUCAAUCACAUUUUGUGCAAACACUCACAGCUCCAAUAAGACUCUAAUAAGACCAAAUAAAUUGUAGUCAGUACAACAUUUAAACCAUGAGGUGUCAUUUACUGAAAUUCAGCUUAUUUCAGAUAGUUGGAAAUAUGUACUCCAGGUUUUCCUUUUUUCGGGGGAACUUUUUAAACCGGGACUUUCAGGCAGCAGUGAGUGGAGCGAGGUGUGAGCUCGUUCUCCUCACAUGAAGGACUGAGUGCAGAGCUGUGCCAGGAUCAAAGUUCAGCAGUGACACAUUUAACCAUUAACCUUAAGGCAACAGUGAAUCUCUAAUGUCUACUCGAAAACACUGCCGUGAUAACUGGAGUAGAUGAAACGUCAUUUUACUGCAGUUAAAUGCUAAAUACUUCUAGUCUACUAGUCCUAAACUGUGACAGAGUGUGAAAGAUAUAUAUAAAAACAUGCAUAUUCAGACUUCAUCACAAAGCACUGAUGAACCUCUGUCUUACCUAGGAACUUCCCCUUUUAGAUUUUUGAUCCAAGUACAAUAAAUUAAAUAUAACAAGUCAAUUCUAGAGCUCAAUAGCAACUACAACUCAUUCGAAUCUGUAGAACAUGGUAUUUACUUCAGAAAAUCUGUUUACUUUGGUCAAAAAGGGAUUUUUUAAAAAACAAUUAUUGACAAUAAUUGUCAUUAUAUAUUAUUUACCUAUGCAGGGGUCCAUUUAGCUGGUUUUUGCUUGAUAUUUUAAUUACUUAAUACAGAAGGCAGUUUUUAUAUAUGUAUUUAUUACUAAUUUGGAUUGAUGAUUUUGUUAUAACUAAACAAUGUUAUUUACUAUGUAUAUAUAUACUAUAUAUACAUAUAUAUAUACAUAUAUACACAUAUAUAUAUAUUAAAGUACUAAUUAUUUAAUUAAAUUGAAUUGUGUGCACUUUGUUUCCAAUAAUGAAAAAAGCAUCAGACAGAACACCGUUUUUAAGUUUGGCCUGACUGACCCAUUUAGAAUUCCCUUUCUAUUUAAGCACAUUUAUAUCAUUUUCAUUUAUUAUAUCAAUUUUAUUUGUAUCCAUGUUUUACUAUCAUCUAUUUAUAUACACAUACACUCCUGAUCAAAAAUUUGAAGACCAGUUGAAAAAUUGCAAGAAUGUACAUUUUGCACUGUUGGAUCUUAAGAAGGUUCUAAGUAGUGCUUCAGGAGGUCAUAACAGUGUGGAUACCAGACAGAAAAUGGCACUGAAUCCACAUUUUUGCAAAGAUUUAGGCUUUUAAAGGCUGUGGACUUAAACUUUUGAUCAGCUGAUGAACAGCCUAUUUCAGUUUAAUGGUCGUUUGCAGUACAUUGCGUAGUAAAAAAAUCUUCUUUUUGCAUUUUGAAGCACUACUUUUUUUUUUUUUUUCAACUGGUCUCAAAAAGUGUAUGUGUAUAUUGAGGUGUGCGUGUGUGUGUGUGAGUGGGGGGGGGGGGAUGUUGUGUUACAUUUUCUUUGUAUGAAAAGUAUUAUAUAAAGAUUGACUGAAGCAUCAAUAAAAACCCAAAGUUGUAUAAAUA